GAACAAUUUUCUCGGUGGCGGUCGGUCAGUCGGUCCGUCCGUCAGUGCCUGUCAGUCUUCCGAAUUCUGAACGUCUGGCACUCUUCACGGUGACUGACUGAUUCCUCGCGUACGACUCGAAUCCGCAAUUUUCACAGAGAAGACGAGAGCGAAUGCCGGACUGACCACGCUCAGUGUUUAGCGGUGGAAUUGCGGGGACUCGUUCGACUGACAGUCUGUUCUGUCCCCAUUCUGUCGUUGAACUGGUCGACUGGGCGGAUCGCAGGUGACAGAGAUUGCAGUGUGUACGUGCUGCGACACUGGGAGCAGUGGCGCAAUAUUUUGGAUCUGCCGAGGAUAGUUUGGGCUCAGACUAGUUCGUGGGUUCGAUAAGAGCGCUUCGAUCUGUACGAGAUGAGGACAAUUUCGUAGGGAGUUGAAUUGUCGAGAAUUUGGUUCGAAGGCAGGUGGAAGGAAGGAAGAAGGGAAGGGAAGGAGAGGAAGAACCCUAGAUAGAUGCUGGUGAAAGAGCGGGAGUGCGAGGGCGAUCCGGAGGUGGAGGAAGGAUGGUGAAAACGAAUGUCAAAGCUCGGGUUGUGGAGUAUUUUGUAGUUUGUGGUCUGGGUCCAGAUCUUCAAACAACAGAAAAUCAGAGAGGCUUUCAUGGAACGAUAGAUGUCAAAUACCAACCUGCUCUUCUGGACCAAUUUCCCUCGUCCACAAAUUCUGACAUUCCUCCACCGCCGCCCCAAUUACCUUUGUGUGUUUUGCCUGGUGGCGUAGAGUUUUAUUCAAAUGGCCCAAGUCCUAGUGAUGAAUCGAGUCAUCCACGAAGCUACCCUAUCGUAUUGACAGAUGGGGACGGAUCAAAAAUCUAUGUCAGUUGUGUUGCAUUUCGUGAUCCUGUCGAUGACGAUGUGGCUCAAGCUUAUCGAAUUCCUGCAAACUCCUACGUGGACAAGUGUAUAUGUGUGGUUUCGCAUUCUCCAUCCUUCCAAGUCUUCCGUGAAGCUUUGGAGGAGUUGCACCGUUUGUGCUUCUCGAACUCCGGUGCCAGCAAACCUCUGUGGGAUAUUGUAUCGCACAUGGUUCUAGGUGUUCCCCUACCCGGACCUGGCCAUGGUCAAGUUUUAUUUGCCGUGGAAAACUUUCUCCUCAACGUGGAGGCACCUCCAAGUGAUGGGCUUCCUCAUGCGGAUAUGUCCUUCCAACCUCUUGUGCAAUGUCUCGAUAUCGACAAUGUCAUUCGCCUAUUCACGGCAAUCCUACUCGAAAGACGUGUUUUGCUGAGAGCCAGCAAGUAUUCUGUACUAACCAUGGUUGCCGAAGCUUUAUGCCAUCUUAUCUAUCCGAUUAAAUGGCAGCAUGUGUACAUUCCAGUCCUUUUCUAUGCUGGCGUGGAGUACAUAGAUGCCCCAACACCGUACCUGAUGGGGCUGCAUUCGGGCGUGGAUACAACAGGACUUACUAUGGAUGGUGUUGUAGAUGUGGAUCUUGAUAAGAACAAGAUUGUCACUUCUACUGAUGAAUCCAUUCCAGAAAUACCUGAAAUUGAAUUGGGUCGCUUACGUAAUGAUCUUCUGCAACUUGUUCAUCCGAACCUUGCACAUCUGGACCGAGCCCGUACAAGCUACAGUGCUGUUCAUGAAGCGUAUAUUAGGCGCUUUUCAAAGCCUUGGAGCAGUCAGCACGAUCGGGAAUUAAGGAUAAUAUUCUUGAAGUUUUUUGCCACAAUUCUCUACGGGUAUCGUGAUUUUGUGGAUUACAGCCUGCCUGAGAAGGUUUUUAAUACUGGAGCUUUCUUGAAGAAGCGGUCACGUAUGACGAGUCGAGAUACUGAACCCAUGGUCGCAGAAUUCUUAAGUUCGCAAGGAUUCAUGGAAUUUCUCGAAAGAGGAUAUGGAUCGGCCGAAGCAGGGCCAAAUUUGGUGGAUAAGAUACAGGAAGCUAUGGGAAGAGGGCAGGAUCCAUCAAUGUGUCUGCCCGAACCUCAUGGUCAGCCAGAAUUUUUUACCGUCUCAGAUACCUCGACACAGACUCCAGCAUCACGGGGAAGACAUGUCCACGAUCGAUUUCCUGCUGUCCCUAGGACACCUGCGCAAGAGGAGAAAAGAAAGGCCAUUCUGGCUGCUGUGAACAAUACUCCGGAGCGUCCCUCAAGACCUGUGCAGACAUCUGCCCCUAGCCCUGGACGUGACGCGGCGGCCCAAGCCAAGUUCGAUAGUCUGAACCCAGAAGAGAGAGCGGCCGAGAGGGAUCGAAUGGUUCUAGACAUAAAAGUCAAGUUACAGGGGCUGUGGCGCAGGCUACUCAUGCUGGGAGCAACCGACGAUCCACUCGGAUCUUUCGAGUUCGGAACCAUAUUUGCCCUCAUUGAAUCAGAUGCGGAAGGUAUCGGUGGAAGCGGUUUCGUGGAGUGCAUUAGGGAACACAUCAGUAUGGGUUGGCAGUGCAAGCUCACUGAUGAGCAGUUUAUAGCUGUAAAAGAGCUUAUUAAAACUACGGUUAGCAGAGCUACAUCUCGAGAUGACAUGGUGACUGUCCGAGAUUCUCUUGAGAUUGCUUUCCAGGUUCAUAAGAAAGACAUGGCGGGUAUUCCUGAUUACAUUCAGCGUCAUUUAGGGACCUUACCAGUUUGGAAUGAUCCACGGUUUUGGGAGGGAUACUUCGAUGUGAUUUUGGAGAGAGCUGAGCAACAGACGGGCAGUAACUUCCAAAACUAUGCAUCUUUGGUUACCGAGCAGCUCAUUGCCCUGGCCCAGCACAUGGCAGGUUUGGGGUUGUCUGAUGCUGAAGCUUGGAGUAUAUUAGAGACUCUUGCACAGAAGAACAACCUUGGAUCGAAGCAACUGAUCAAAUUGAGGGGCAUUCUUGCACAUCUAGAACUACUGAGUCAAAGAUAUUGGGGCACCACACCCACACCAGCUCCAGCUGUAACUCCUCAACCUAAUGCCGAGGUUAAAGAAGAGGAUCGGGUCGAUAGCAUUGUACCACCGUCCGAGACUGCGGGUAUAGGUCGCAGCUGGGUGCAAAGUAUGUUCAGUCGAGAAAAAUCAUUACGAGCAGUACACUCUCGAAAUGGAAGGGAACUUACCUCAGGUUCAAGUGAAGUCUCUAUACCACCACCUAUUCCCGAAGCUGGACCUAGGAAAAGUGCUACCGGCAUGAGGAUUCUAAGAGGUCAUAAGGGUGCAAUAACAGCUCUACAUCCUGGGACUCGAACUGAAGUUGGAGACUUUAUAGGUGAUCAUGAAGAAUCAGGCUACUUCAUAAGUGGCUCAGCUGACUGCACAAUAAAAUUGUGGGAUCCUGCCGUUCGGGGACAUGAAUGUCGAGCUACAUUUAAUGGUCACACUGGACCCAUUCGAGCCAUUACUUCAGAUAGGUUGCGCGUGGUUACGGGUUCCGAUGACCAGACAGUACUUGUUUGGGACAAAAAUGGAGGACAGCUUCAAGAGGAGCUGAAGGGUCAUGAAAAUAGGGUGAACUGCGUGCGAAUGUUAUCUGGUGAACGUGUUCUUACAGCUGGUUAUGAUGGCACAGCAAGAAUGUGGGAUGUUAGAACAGAUCAGUGUGUGGCUACAGUUGGACAACACUCGAGCGCUAUUUUAUGCAUGGACUACGAGGACUCUACUGGACACUUGGCCGCAGCAGGAAUGGAUGGAGAGAUAAGCUGUUGGGAUAUUCGAGCCGGGAAACAAAUGCAUAAGCUGAUAGGCCAUACAAGUUGGAUCAGAUCUUUGAGGAAGGUAGGAGACGUCAUCAUAUCAGGCAGCGAUGAUUGGACAGCUCGCAUGUGGUCUGUAUCUCGAGGUUCUUGUGACUCUAUUCUCAGUUGCCACAAGGGUGCCGUGACCUGCGUGGAUCUUUGCGUCAAAGAUGGAGGGGUGAUCACCGGAUCUGCUGAUGGGAUGGUUCGACUUUGGGAGCGUGACGAUGGAAGUUUACGUUCCGUGAAAGUUGUUGCUGGAGUACACUCGGCUCCAAUUCUAUCAAUCAAAGCUGGAGAUAAAUGGCUAGCCGUUGGAGCAGCAGAUAACUCCAUGUCCCUGUUCAAUAGAGUAGGAAAUCAAUCAAGUGUUGAGAGCUGGCAGUUGUAUCGGACGCCACCACGGAGUGCUGCCACAGUGAGAUGUGUGACUUCAGAUGUUGAACGUGGUCGCAUAAUUAGCGGGGCAAGGAACGGCUUGCUUCGCCUUUGGGAACCUGUCAGCAGUGUAUAAGUGUCAUCAUGGAGUGCCAGCAAACUGAAGCUUCGCUUUGUUUUGGGUGACUCUUCAAGGAUAACACUCUACGACGGACUACAAGAACUACCAAGAUUGCUAUGCCUCCCUGGAGCGAAGGUUCUGGAAGAAGUUGACAUGGAAUCUGCCGAGGGAACAUAAUCGUGCAGUAGUUAUCUGUCAAUCCCAAUCUCUUGGAAUUUCGGUUUAUCUGUGAUUGAAACUGUAACGGAGUUGGAACAAAGGCUGAUGUGCGCAGUGGGAAUUAUCAAAAGUUCAUCGUACAUUCAAGGCGAGAACAAAGAUACAGAAAUUUGUAAAGAAGUCGGUGAGACAUGAGGAAGAACCUCAACUGCUCAGUGUAUCCCGGGCAAAAGUAAGAUGAAUAUUGAAACGUAAUUGAAUUGAAGUGCCGGGGCAAGCGAACAUCCGCUUGCGGCGGCCUUUGUUGCAAAAGAAGUCGACGCUGUUGGAGUGCAGUAUUGGACUCAAAAGCCAUCCGCAGCAGAGAACGUAGAUAUACUUUGUCAGGCAUAGGAGAUAGCAAUUUUUGGGUGUAAAUUUCGCCCGACCUGACAGCAGCAAGGAUUUUUGCAUCUAUAAAGAAACAUUUAAGAAUCUCGUCAGUACGUUUGGACAAUUAACAGCCUGCACAGCUUGUUUACCCGUAAGAUUCUAAAGACCAUGGACAUGGUGGGACGUUCCCUACCUAUAACAAGGAUGUUCACACAUCUUGCGAUCAAGACAACUCAGUUUGUAUCUUCAUAAGGGCUGGUGAUUAUUAUUCUGGUCGUCUACUCAUGAAUUCAAUGCCGCAGCAGCUGGGUCUAAUCACUUCAAAG